AUGCCUAAUAUAAAUGAAAAUGAAGAACUUGAUUUUAUCUAUGAAAUUCGUGUUCAAUUUGAUAGUCAAGGUAGUCAAAGUGUAACACGUAUGGUUGAAAUAAAAAAUGUUGGAACAAUAGUUUUUUAUUAUGAAUGGCAACAAAAACCAUAUACAAAACUAUUUGAUAUUGUUUAUUCAAAAAUUCAAUGUUUCUAUUUUGAUAAUCAUAUAAGUUCAAUCUUACCAAGGGAUACUCUCAAACUUUCAUUUGUAUUUAAAUCAAGUGAACCAGAAAUAUUCACUGAACAUUGGCAAUUAUUAACACGUUCUGUUCUUUGUGGUGGUCGACCAAUUAUAUUUACAUUACAUGAUGUAACAACUGAAGAAGAUGUUCAUCGACAAACACGUAUUAAUAUCGAAAAAACAAAAGAAUAUUAUUGUUAUGAUAUUAUGAAUCAAUUUAUCGAUUCAUUUGUUGAUCAAAUGAAUAUUAUUUAUCAAAAACUUCAAAUUGACGAACCAUCAAAUGAAUCUUACCCAGAUAUUGAUUUAAAUGAAAAAAAUAUUAUUAGUACGGCUAGUGAUACAACUAAAGAUAAGAAGGAACCACCACCUUCAAAAUUAGAAAGAGGAAAAUCUUCAAAAAGAUCUCUAGCUCCAUCUCAAGUUCCAUCAGCUAUUGGUAAACAUGAAGCAGUUAGUGAUACUGUUUCUCAAAUGAGUAAACAACCAUCAUUUAUAAGUCCGGCUAAACCCGACAAAGUAGAUGUUCAAUUAACACCACAACAAUUAGAUGAACGUUUUAAAAUAACUCAAGAAGCACAUUUACCAAUAUAUACAUUAUUAUGUCAUACAUUUGAUUGUUUAAAACAAGCAUUAUAUGAUUUAUCAGAAAAAUUUUCAUCUAAUAAUGAAAAUACUUUUUGUACAUAA